UUGCUACAACAGUUCGUUGCCAACUGUCACUCUACCACUUAACGUUACCUGAUGUUUUGUCUACUAGUUUCUGACAGAUAAUGGCUUUUGUUUCACCCACCAAGAGGGAUCAAAACGGAAGUUACACUUUCUCCAGCCGGCCCAGACCUGUGGAGGACAGGUCCAAGUACAGAGAGCCUCCGUCCGAACAGACCCAGAGUAAUUAUGGGAACAUUAUGUAUGACCGCCGAGUUGUCAGAGGAAACACUUACGCCCAACAAAUCAUACCAACUACAGCUCUGCCAGACCCUGUAGAAGUUCAGAGACAACAGGAGAUUCGGAGGAGAACCGUUGCCGCAAAGCGAGCCAGGGAGCAGUGCAGAACCAGGACUCCUGAAGCGCUGCAGGGCAGAAAACACAUCGACGUUCAAACAGACCUUUAUCUGGAAGAAUUAAGUGAUGUUAUCGUGGCUUCAGAUAUCGAGUGCCAGACUGAUGCUUUCCUGGACAAACCAGCCACCCCGCUGUUCAUACCUGCCACAUCUGGAAAAGAUGUUGAAACCCAGAUAGAGGAGGGAGAGUUGUUUGACUUCGACAGGGAGGUGCAGGCGCUGCUGGAGCUGCUGGUGGGGAAGACGGUGGAGCAGUCCCUGGAGGAGGUGAUGGAGGAGGAGGAGCUGGCCGGUCUGAGGGCACAGCAGAGGGCCUUCAGAGAGCUGAGGAACAACGAGCUGGAGGAGGUGCUGCGGCUCAAGGAGCAGGAGAGGCGCCGCAGUAAAGAGAAGGAGCGGAGAGUUGCCCAGCAGAAGGAGGUGCUGAGGAAAGAGAGAGAGGUUGCAGAGAAGAUUGCUGCGCGGGCGUUCACCCAGCAGUACCUGGCUGACCUCCUCCCCGCUGUCUUCACCUCGCUGAGAAGCCACGGCUACUUUUAUGACCCCGUGGAGAAAGAUAUUGAAACUAAUUUCUUCCCCUGGCUGAUGGCUGAGGUGAACAACAGUUUGGAGAAGAGAUACACGGCAAGGGCGCUGCUGGACACAAUCAUCGAUGAUGUCGCUCAGAAGAGACAGGAGGCGUUCAAGGACACACAGUGAUAUCUAACUGAGAAAGGUCAAGGGCAUGAGUGCAUUCUCAAAAAUAAAAUGUUUUUUCUUUGA